AUGAUGGACUCUGAUGAUGAUGCUGAUCGCCGCCGCGAUAAAUUCGCCAGAGAACGUCGUGACGAUGACAGGUUGGUUCGGAUUCGUCUCGAUGCUGAUUUUUCUUAAAAAUUGCAGCUAUAGACGUGGCGGUGGUGGAUACUCCCGCUAUGACAACAACAAAAGACCCGGAGGAAGGAGAGACGAUUAUCAAUUCAAGAGAAGUCGUGGAGAGUGAGUAAUAUUUUUAUUGAUUUUUACGACAUGAUUGAUUUCCAGUGACGGAGACGAUGGAUUCGACCCUGCUGGACGGGGAGACCGUCCGAACGACGAGGCUGUCGGAGGAGAUGACGCCUAUUCUGGGCCGCUUCUGUCCUUCAAAAGAUUCCUCGGAAACAUGGAGGAUGACAUUUCUCAGGAGGAAGCCAUCAAAAAGUACAACGAGUACAAGAGCGAGCAUAAAAAACAUCAGCUCGAGCGCUUUUUCCGUUCUCACAAAGAGGAAGAAUGGUAAUUUGAGUUUUCAGCUUUUCCAGCAGUUGAUCGAGACCAGAGGCGCAUUAUGCCGCGGUCAAAACGAAUGGAUUCAUAAGAUACAUGAUUCGUUUUGCUCGGCGCGGAUGCCUUCUUUCGAUUGAUUCCAUGACUCCCCCCCCCAUUUCCCAUUCAUUAUUGCCAUCUUCCCGCCAUAAUGAGCUGCGCACACCUCGUCCAUGUGCUUUUUCCAGGUUCCGUCAAAAGUACAAUCCGAGUGAUGCGAGCAAGGUUAAAGAAGCUCAUUUGGAAAAUGUCAAGCAUCGAUUGGAGGUAUUCAAUGAGCUGAAGAGCCAAGGAACUUUUGAUGGAUUUUCUCUCGAUUUCGAGAAUGCGGAAGCUAUUAUCCGUAUGCUCGAUUCUGGUAAAACUUUGAAAAAUAAUAUUGAAGAGAAAAGUGUGGCUUUGCAGUGGUUGUCAAAUUGGAAAAUGGAACAGAAGACGAGCUGAAGGCAGUUCUCGCCCAGAAGGUUGACGACGAGUCCUUGGCUGAUGCGAAAAAGUUAAACAGCAACGGAAUCGAGGAAGUGAAGACAGAAGUGAAAGAGGAAGAGCCGGCUGUUAAGGAAGAGCUCGAGGAGGGAGCCAUCGACGAUGGGAGUGAAAAGUCGUCGAACAAAGUCAACAUUCACAAAACCUGCUCUGUUUUCUUGAGAAACAUUCCGCCAGGUAUCACUUACGAAGAACUAGAGGCUCUGUGCAAGAGAAGUCCGGGUUUCCUUCGUCUCGCUCUCACCGACGGAAUCGCUGAGAGAAGAUUCUUCCGACGUGGGUGGGCUACUUUCAAGCGUGAUGUCAACAUCAAGGAGAUCUGCUGGACUCUAAACUCUCACAGGCUCCGCGAGACCGACCUGAAUGCCAUCAUCAACCGGGAUAUUACUCGCCGUAUUCGUACAAUCAACGGAGUCGCUGGCCACAAGCCUGCGUCCGUCAGUGACCUAAAACUUGUUGUGAAGCUCGUUGCUCUGUACGACAAGAAGCAGGGUCUGUUCAACGCUGCCGGAGAAUCGGAAAGUGAUCGAGAGAAGGACAUCCGCAUGGGAGUCGAUCUUGUUGCAGCAUCUACGAACCCGCUUCUCAAGGAAAUCCGUACUCUGAUUCCGAAUGAUAUUCUGGAUGAGAUCAGUGAGGAAGAAGCCGAGCUGCUCGGACAGACCAACGGAGAAGAGUCGCAGACCGAUAUGGUCCGUUUCGACAGGGAUGCGAACGUUUUGAAGGCCCUCGAUCUUCUGAUUCUUUACCUUCGCAUCGUUCAUUCGAUUGACUUCUACAAUCACGGACACUACACGCAAGAGGACUUGAUGCCAAAUCGGUGCGGCCUGAUUCAUGUCCGUGGACAGAUGCCAAGUGGAACCUUGGUUUCUAAAGAUGCCGACGGGCAGCUUCUUGUUUCCUCAAAGUUCGUCACCGAUUUCAUCUCGGGAUUCGCGAGCCGUGUCGACAAGGCGCUCAUCGAGAAGCAGUAUGUGAGUGAAGAUGAAAUGGAAAAAAUGGGAAAGAAGGACGGAGAAAAGUGAGUUGCAGUAAAACUUUCUACAAAAAAACGAAUUUAUUUUCAGAGAAGUCGAAGCGUUCAUUCUGAAGAACACUGUCGAACUGGCCAAGGACAAAUGGUUGUGUCCGUUGUCCGGCAAGAAGUUCAAAGGGCCCGAGUUCAUCCGAAAGCACUUGCAAUCGAAGCACGAGGACAAGCUUGACGAGGCCAAGAUCGAGGCGGAUUUCUUCAAUAACUACCUCGCCGACGCCGCCCGGCCAGUUGAUGUUGAGCCUAAGGCGCCGGCGCAGAGAGAAGAUCGCAGCAGUGGUGGAGACCGUGGAGGAUACGGAAGGGACCGCGAGGAUGAUCGAGGACCGAUCGGAGGACAUCGUGAGUGGAAACGGAGUUCUUAGUGUGUUGGAACGAUUCAUUUUCAGGCAACUCGUUUGGUAAUGGCGGUUACGACAGGAAUCGUGCGCCGCCACCGAGACAAAGCCUCGGAGGACGUGGUGGCGGAGGAAGAUUCUUCGACGACAACAUCCAGCGCCGCCCGCAGAUCUCUUACCGUGAUCUAGACGCUCCGGACGACAUCCCGUAA